CCCGGAAGUGGUUGCGAUGCAGCCUCUGCGCUAGCUUGCACAAAGUUGAAUUCCGCUCGAUGAGUUGUGUUUUCUCGUGUGUGUGAAACCAUUCCAAGUGCUUGUGAAAACGUGAUCAAUGACGGCUUUGGUCAGCCAUGGCUGCUGUGUCAUGGAAGGAGAUGCUACUUUUGACUGGACUGGUGGUGGGAUGUUACUGGAACAGUCUGGCGUGCGGCUUUGCGUUUGAUGAUGUAUCUGCAAUCCUCGACAACAAGGACCUUCGACCGUCAACGCCUGUCCGCAACCUUUUUCUCAAUGAUUUCUGGGGGACGCCCAUGGCUGAGGAGAGGAGCCAUAAAUCCUACCGACCGCUCACCGUAUUCACCUUCCGGCUGAACUACCUCUUCACUGAGCUGAGCGCAGCUUCUUACCAUCUGCUCAAUGUGGUUUUACACGCUGUGGUGUGUGUGCUUUUCCUGCGAGUGACCCGAUUGUUCCUGGACGGGACUUUCAGCCUGGUGGCGGCUCUGCUGUUUGCUGUGCAUCCCAUUCAUACCGAAGCUGUCACAGGUGUGGUUGGGAGAGCUGAACUUCUCUCUUCAAUCUUCCUCCUGGCUGCAUUCCUUGCCUACACAAAAUCAACAGGUGCCGACCACUCCAUUGUUUGGCCACCCAUCGCUUUGACAGUAGUUUUAGUGGCUGCAGCAACACUGUGCAAAGAGCAGGGAAUCACUGUCGUUGGCAUCUGCUGUGUCUAUGAAGUGUUUGUUGCACAAGGGUUUACCCUGCCCAUGCUGUUGGACACACUGCGGCAAGUUGUGCAGGGUAAAGACGGUUUUCCCUACGCUCUCCUGCAAACUCUGCUGAAGCUCAUUGUCCUCGUCAUCAGCACCCUGCUGCUCGUCAUCGUCAGGGUCCAAGUCAUCCAGUCACAGCUUCCUGUCUUCACCAGAUUUGAUAACCCAGCAGCAGUCAGCCCCUCUCCAACUAGACAACUCACUUUCAACUACCUACUUCCUGUCAAUGCAUGGCUUCUGCUGAAUCCCUCAGAGCUUUGCUGCGACUGGACCAUGGGCACCAUCCCUCUGGUGGAGUCACUUCUAGAUCUCCGCAACCUGGCCACCCUGGUCUUCUACACUUUUCUUGGCCUGUUGGCCUAUUACAGCCUGCGCAACAGACACAGCUCUGCCAAGACUGUCAUCAUGGCCCUGUCUUUGAUCGUCCUUCCUUUUAUUCCUGCAUCCAACCUCUUCUUCCCUGUGGGUUUCGUUGUGGCAGAGAGGGUACUUUAUGUGCCCAGUAUGGGCUUCUGUGUUCUCGUUGCACAUGGGUUCAAGAUUCUCUCGUAUAAAGGCCACUUGAAGAUGUCCUGGUUGAUGAUUGGAGUGCUUUUAACUACACAUGCAGUGAAAACCUUCAACAGGAACUGGGACUGGGAGUCAGAAUAUACUCUGUUCACCUCUGCCCUUAAGGUUAACAAGAACAAUGCCAAGUUGUGGAACAAUGUUGGCCAUGCUCUAGAGAACCAAAAUAAUUAUGCAAAGGCUUUGCAGUUUUUUCUCCAGGCCACUCGUGUCCAGCCAGAUGACAUUGGUGCUCACAUGAAUGUUGGAAGAACCUACAAGAACUUGAACAAGUCCAAAGAGGCAGAAGAGGCCUACUUGGUUGCCAAAUCCCUCAUGCCACAGGUUAUUCCUGGUAAAAAGUAUGCAACUCGUGUGGCUCCUAACCAUCUGAACGUUUACAUAAACCUGGCCAAUCUGAUUCGGGCUAACGAAUCGCGUCUAGAAGAGGCCGACCAGCUCUACCGACAAGCCAUCAGCAUGAGACCAGACUUCAAACAAGCAUACAUUAGCAGAGGGGAGCUCCUACUGAAGAUGAACAAGCUCACAGAGGCCCGUGACGCUUACCUCCGAGCCUUGGAGCUUGAUCGUGCCAAUGCGGAUCUGUGGUACAACCUGGCUAUCGUCAAUAUUGAAAUGAAGGACCCAUCAGAGGCCCUGAAGAACUUCAACCAUGCCCUGGAGCUCAAUCCACGCCACAAGCUGGCGCUCUUCAACUCGGCACUUCUCAUGCAGGAGUCAGGUGAUCCAAAGUUCUGGCCUGAGGCUAACCGUCGAUUCCUCACCUAUGUGGAGGAGGAGCCUGAAGACGCCAACGGCUACUUCAACCUUGGUAUGCUAGCAAUGGACGCCGAUGAAAAUGCAGCAGCUGAAAGGUGGAUGCGCAAAGCCAUCGGUUUGCAGGCCGGCUUCCGCAGUGCCCUGUUUAACCUGGCGUUGCUUUACUCUCAGUCCAAACGCGAGAUUAAUGCACUGCCUGUGUUGGACGAACUCCUGCGCCACCACCCGGAGCACAUCAAGGGUCUAAUUCUGAAGGGCGAUAUCCUCAUGAACCAUAAGAAGGACACAAAUGGAGCCAAAGCCUGCUUUGAGCGCAUUGUACACAUGGACCCCACCAAUGUUCAAGGCAAGCACAAUUUGUGCGUGGUAUACUUCGAGGAGCGUGACCUGCCACGGGCCGAGCGCUGCCUGGAGGAAACACUGGCCCUGGCACCAAACGAGGAGUAUGUGCGUCGUCACUUGAGCAUUGUGCGCAGUAAAAUGGCUGCCAUGAGCUCAGCCGGGCAUCCGCUUACUUCAGCAGAGGGAGCCACUGUGACAGCCAAGGAGGAAGAGCUGAGCAAAGUCAAGGAAGUGAUUGAGGAGGUUGCUGAGGGUGGGGAGGAAGGGAGGGGUGUUGAUGCUGUUGGAAAUGGGGCUGGGGAUGAGAAGAAUGUGCGGAAAUCCUCUGUAGAAAGCCUCGGCCGUGUGGGCGUGGAUGAAGCAGAAUCUUUGGACAAUAGCCAGUCUGACAAGCGGACUAAGGGUAAGUCCACAAAAGAGAUUACAGAUAUAGAGAAAAAAAGAGCUGCUGCCUUGAAGAGACUAGAGGAGAUUGAGCGCAUAUUAAGUGGUGAUUGACAUUUUUGUUUAUAGCUGGACUACUUUUAUAGAGCUCUUUAUGCAUUCUUAAUCAAUUGCCAUUUUAUUUGAUUGAAUCAUGCAGGGCCGCUCAGCAUGAUCUUGUUGUUCUAACACUGAUUAUGUAAAGAAGGGAAAUGGUUAUCUGCACAUGAAACUAAUAAUAAUAAGCACAAAGCCAAUUUGGGAUAAUCUAUUUAAAGCUUAAGGCAUACGUAGAUGCCAGUGUGUGUGUGUGUGCGCGCUUGACAUGAAUGUUAUCUUGCAUAUCAUAGGUCUCCAGCAGUUAUACGUAUUUUUCUUCUUUUUUUUCAAAUGUGUAGUCAUUGUUUAUCACUGGAUUUGUCUUUUCUAUUUGUUCACUAAGAUGUGACUCACUCUUGUGUUAUUGUCUUUAAAAACAGAAUGAUUGUAUCAUGGACAAUUAAAGGAAAUUAUGUGCUCCCCAGAUUUCCUCAAGGCAGGAUGAUAUCUGCAGAGUCUGUGCCUCUAAAUAACCCAAACCACACUGAGAGCAAAAUAACCCGUCGCACCACAUCAACUCAAGGCUCACGAUCCAUUUCAAUGUCUGCAAAUAUUUAUUGAUCUUUUCUGCCACUUCCUGUCGACUACAUCAUCAGCCUGUACGCUCACAGCUGCCUUCACUUCAAAAUUCCAUUGUGAUCCCAUGUAAAGACUAUUAUUUCAUUCCCUUUGUCACAUUACCUAAUUGCAUCUCCACGUCCGGCUGCCAUCCUUUUUUCCCCAGAGAAUGUUUUCUUUUUCUCAGUAAACUGCCCCACUCAAAAGUCUUUGACCUGGGAAACGCCCGUUUAGUGUGACCGUCAACAAUGAUGUACUCUCAUCCUCAGCGUCAGGCUUCAUCAUGUGUUCUUCAUUUUCCUCCCACUUCACAGGAGGAAUUUUUACAGCACAUUUGUAGAAAACAGAUCUCCUCCUUCAUCCUGCUCCACAGUAGCAAUGAUGUUUGAUCGUUCUGGUACUAAAAUAUCAUUUGGAUUUUCCACAUUUUCAGGUUUUUGCAGUGUCCUUUGUAUCCACUUUCUUCAGUAUUAUCACUCUGAGUUAAUAAAUACCCAGCGUCUCUCUGUAGUCACUUCCAAAAGCUUUGUCCGAGUAAACAAAUUAAAACUUAGAACAAAAUAAAUUCAGAACUUCACAAAUCCUUCCUGUUUGCGCUGUCUUCUGGCAGAACAAUUUGUGUUAUUGCACACAUGUGUGUAGCAUAGCCAAGGGGAGCCCCGAUGGUCAUGAACUUAACACGAGCAGACCUGUGACUCACUGUGAGGCACGUCCGCUGUGUUUAGCUCAUCACACCUUUUACAAAUCAAAGUGAGUAUGACUGUUUCUUCCUUGUGUGCUGCUUUGAACUCAUGAUUUUCCAGUUUUUCGCUUCACAGUGUAAUAAUUAGUUUUCAGCUCAAUGGUUAUGCUCAGUGCAAUUUUUCGAAGUGGCGUAAAGGAAAGAACACUAAUUACUGUCACUUAGGAGCACGGCGGUGGUACUAAGGAGCCUUGCUAUGUAUUGACCCUGUUAAGCGCUGAAAUUCUAUGUACAUAUAUUUCCAGUGUUCUUUUCAUCCAGUGUUAUUUAUUCUUUUUAUAUGCACUGCUAAUGCUGUUGCUGAUUUUGUUCACCAAUUACAGUAUGCUUUGAAUCCACGGUGCAUUGUUUUGUCACCGCUCAUUUUUCCUAUUUACUGUAGUACAUGUCAUAGAUGUUUGGAAUAUUAAAUCAGAAAGUCUGGCCCAAAAAAGUAGGUACAGCUUUGAACGAGGAAGCAUUUGGUUUGCAACAUAUUCUUUGUCACAUCAUUUUGCUGUGUGAAUGACUUUGUUUUUGUACAAUUUAAGAUUUUGUUUUUUUAUGCAAUAACCCUUGGUGGUGGGGGUCUAGGUUAUUAAAUAAAGUGAGGUGACAACUCA